CCCCAUUUCUCAUGCCUUCUCCUCAUAUCAUUCAAACCCAGAAACUAAAACACAUCAACAUUUCAUUUGCUCCUAAUUCUGUCACCAAUCAAUGGCAAAGACCAAGUCCCUCGUCCAGGAUCAGGAACAUUCAUUCGAUGAAAGAAUUAAAGAAUCAAAAAGUAUCAUUUCCAAAUACCCAGAUCGAGUUCCUGUUAUUAUUGAAAGAUAUUCAAGGACAGACCUGCCUGAAAUGGAAAAGACCAAAUUUUUGGUGCCCAGAGAUAUGUCUGUUGGUCAAUUCAUCCACAUCUUGAGUAGUAGACUACAUCUGCGUCCCGGAAAAGCUCUGUUUGUUUUUGUGAAGAACACAUUGCCUCAAACAGCUAGUCAUAUGGAUUUCAUCUACGAAACUUUCAAGGACGAUGAUGGGUUUCUGUACAUGUGUUAUAGCAGUGAGAAAACUUUUGGCUAAGCUGUGACUGCUCCUUGUAUAUGCAAUCCACUCAUGGACAUGCCUGUAAUGG